AUGAACUCGGCAGUCAAGAUCCUCUCUGUUUCUUCCGACGAAAGUUUCGUCACUGUUUUGAAAGACAACGGCGACACCCUUGUCUGCGAUAUCGUGGUGGGAGCCGGCGGCACCUAUAGCACAGUUCGCCAGAGCAUCUUUGACCAGAUGCGAAGGGACAAAGUUAUGGACUCCAAGGACAUGGAACCUAUGAAGUGCUCGACCAUCUGUCUUAUCGGGCAAACGAGACCCCUGAACGAUGUCGAGUUCCCAUCGUGGCUCUGCAGGACUCUCAAGUAUUUGAAUAACGACAGUCAUGACGAGAACAACCCGUUUAGGACUUCAGAUUGGGGACAGGCUACCGUGGACCUCAUGUGCGAGAAGGUCAAGGAUAUCACCAUCAUUGCUGGUGGAUACCGUCGUGCCACUGUUGACCAUUUGAUUGAUCUCAGUGGCUGGACCGAAAUCAAAAAGGUAGUCGUGGAGGAGAAGGUCUUCAGCAAGUGGCACUACUGA